AUGCAAAAAAAAGAUGGCAGCUAUGAUGAUGUGGUCCUACUGGAUGAAUUGAUGAAAGAGUCUCAAGAGAGUGGCAUAAGCUAUAGUGGGAGCAAUGACAUACUUUCUCAAGCACUAGGUACUCCUGAGUAUACUGGUCGGGUUCGAGCUAAAGGGAAGCACUACACGCCUGGACGCUAUUUCAAUAGUAUGUCAGAACGUGUUGUGAGGGAUAUUUUAAAAGCAACUCAAGAACGUCAAGCUAAGUUUGAGGCUGAUGUGUUAGCGAGACUAUCUCAGAUAGGAGUUGCUACACCACAAUCCGAUGUGAGUAGUUCCAACAUGAAAUCAAAACUGUUGCUUCUACCAGAAGUAGUGGAGAAACCAAUUCGUAAAGUUGAGGAGGAGACCUUACCUGUGAAAAUAGAACCACACAUGAAGGCAAGAAAAUGUGAGUUGGCAGUAGGGACCAGAGAAAAUACAGUGGCUGGUGGAACAAUUGUAAUGGAUUGUGGUCCCAACUACCUAGUUGUUUUGGAUGCUCCCUAUGAGUCAAAUACACCGCUUCCUAUUCCCAUUCCUGGACAAGCUACAACAGUUGGAGCGGCAGUGGGCUACCAAGUUUUAUGGCCAACCCAUUUAGUCAAUUUGAGUACUAAAUUCAUUAAGGGAUCUCAAAAAGGGAAAAGACAAAAAACAACAGAAAAUGACUUGAAAAUUGGUGAAAACCCUCAAGAUAUCAACAAUUUUGAUGCAUUAGUAGGUCUCAUGCUAAAUGAGGGGAAAGCACAAGGUGUGGAGGUCCCAAAUGAUGUAUUUGGCGAGAGUUUUAAGACCUUCCUUAUGAAAGAAGACAUGGAUAUGAUAAUUUCAUUUAAGGAAGUGUCGGCUAAUUGUGUCAUAUAUUAUAUAUGGCACCUACAGAAAAAGCUAAGUGAUGCAAGGCUCACCGAACGAUUUGCUUUUAUCAAUCCAGCUUUAGUCUCUAAAGCUGGAAUGGGUGAGACAACAAAGGAAAAUAGGUCAAGGUUGAUUGCAAAUCGUUUAAUGCAUGCAAAGUGUGCUGACUACAUUUUUAUUCCAUAUAACCCUAAUUUCCACUGGGUCUUGGUGGCAUUGGAUAUGAGGACAAUGACUGCGUACUACCUUGAUCCGAUUCAAAAGCAACCAUGUGAUGAUCUUAAGGAAAUUGUUAACAUGGCACUACGAAUUCAUCCACCAGAGAAACAAAGAUCAUCAAAGAGGGAGCCGACAUGGGUAAAAGUAGUGAUGCCCUCAUUUCAGUCCAGUAAGAGUUGUAGAUCACAUUUUGACGAUUCUCAGAAGUUCUCAUCUCAUGAUAAGUAAAAGAUUUCAAGUUCAGGAGUGGAUAUGCAACCAACAAAAAUACUUUUGGCUAUAAAUACUUUUGGCUUCUUCUUGUAAUAUUAUUUUUGAUAAGGAAUUUGGAGACCUUGUUUUUUGGUACAUGUGUACUUGUUUUAUAUAUGUUGAAGUUGGAAAAUAUGCUUGUAAAUAUUUUGAUACAUUUACAAAUUUGCGUAUUAAUUAACUAUGUAGACAUUAGUUCUUUAUCA